AAUAUUGAUUUUUAUACAUUUGUUAAACUAGCAACCAAUACGUAUUCUGAUAAGACAACUUCAAUGUAACGAAACGUCAUUUCAAAUGCAAGAAAAUAACAAAGAUGGCUGAAGAACAGGAGGUGAUACAAAUAGAGCUGCUAUGCAAACAGCUAUACGAGUCGCAAGACCCGCUUGUAAGGGAGCAAGCAGAGAAGGCAGUUGUCGGGUUUCAGGAGUCACCAGAUACACUGAGCAAAUGCCAGGCACUGUUGGAGCGGGCAGACUCGAGCUAUUCACAACUGUUGGCUGCCACGACGCUGGCUAAACUGAUUAGCAGGUCGACAGCGAGUCUCUCGACGCAGCAGCGUUUAGACAUCAGGAAUUAUGUCCUGAACUAUUUGGCAACUAGGCCGAAACUGGCCAAUUUUGUAGUACAGUCGCUGGUAUCGCUUUUCGCGCGCAUCACCAAGCUGAGCUGGUUCGACAUGAUCAAGGAAGAGUUUGUCUUCCACAACGUCAUCAAUGAUAUCACAAAUUUUCUCAGGAGUCAAGAACUAUGCACGAUCGGCGUGCAACUGCUGUCGCAGCUGGUGGUGGAGAUGAACCAGGUCUCUGAAGCCGAUGCCAACCGCUCCCUCGCCAAACACAGGAAGAUUGCUUCUUCCUUCAGAGACACACAGCUCUUCGAAAUGUUCCGUCUAUCGUGUUCCCUGCUCGGUACGAUGAGGGGCAAAGCCCCCGAGCUGUCGGACGAGAGGCAGCACGCGCUGGUAGCUGCACUGCUGCGCCUCGCACACAACUGUCUCACCUUCGAUUUCAUUGGCACCACCAGUGACGAGUCUAGUGAUGAUCUCUGUACUGUACAGAUCCCGACAUCAUGGCGUCCCACAUUCCUGGAGUCUGGUACCCUGGACCUGUUCUUCGAGCUGUACCACCUACUAGGCGGCGCCCUGGCAAGCCUGGCCCUGGCCUGUCUGGUACAGCUGGCGUCUGUACGUCGCUCGCUGUUCAGUUCCAAUGAAAGAGCCAAGUUCUUGAAUAGAUUGGCUGCCGGAGUGCUCAGGAUAUUGGAGAAUACACAGGGCCUAUCAGACCCGACGAACUACCACGAGUUCUGCCGUCUCCUGGCGCGGCUGAAGUCCAACUACCAGCUGGGCGAGCUGGUCAUGGUGGACAGCUACCCGCGCCUCAUCGAGCUCAUCGCCAAGUUCACCGUGCAGAGCUUACAGAUGUGGCAAUUCGCCCCCAAUUCGGUGCACUACCUGCUCUCGCUAUGGCAACGCAUGGUGGCUUCGGUGCCCUACGUGAAGGCCAGCGAGCCCCAUCUACUGGAGACGUACGCCCCAGGAGUCACCGCCGCGUAUAUAGGGUCCCGGCUGGACUCCGUGUCUUGUGUGCUUAGGGAGGGCGUGGAGGACCCGCUGGAAGACCUGGGCACGGUCCAGCAGCAGCUGGAGCAGCUGUCGGUGGUGGGGCGCUGCGAGUACGGCAAGACCUGUCAGCUCCUCGUCGCGCACUUCGACCGCGCCGCCGCCGCGUACAGCGUCGAGGCGCAGCCGCAGCAGAUACAUAUACUGCAGGGUCGGUCUACUUGGUCGGUCUACUUGUUAUAUUUAUACGCGUACGUAGGUAUUUUUGUUAUGCAUACAUGCGAUACAUUUUGUCGAAUCAUUUUUAAUUUAUAUAAUUUUCUCUCUACACAGGGUGGUUGCGAGAAACUGGAGCUGGCGAUGAUGUCCUUCUUCGAGCAGUUCCGUAAGAUAUACGUGGGAGAACAGGUGCAGAAGAACAGCAAGGUGUACCGCAGACUCAGCGAUGUGCUCGGCUUGGCUGAUGAGAGCCAACUCCUCAGCGUGCUGAUGAGGAAAAUUAUAACAAAUCUGAAAUACUGGGGCGGCUCGGAGCAGAUAAUAGCGAAGACGCUCGGGCUGCUGAGCGACCUCAGCGGCGGGUACUCGUGCGUGCGCAAACUGGUCAAACUCGACGAGGUCCAGUUUAUGCUCACACAUCAUACCGCGGAGCACUUCCCGUUCCUGGGUAUAGCGGGGGUGGGCGCGGCGGAGAUGCGCUGCCGCAGCAUGCUGUACACGGCGCUGGGCCGCCUGCUCAUGGUCGACCUGGGCGAGGACGAGGACCGGUUCCUCGCCUUCAUGAUGCCGCUUACUGCGGCGUUCGAGAGUAUAAUAGGGCUGCUGAGCGGCCCCGACUCGACGAUGUACAACUCGGAGGACGCCAAGAAGACUCUGAUAGGGCUCGCGCGCGACCUGCGCGGGCUCGCCUUCGCGUUCAGCACUAAAACUACGUAUAUGAUGCUUUUUGAUUGGAUUUACCCAGUAUACAUGAAGGUGUUACUCCGCGGCAUCGAGGUGUGGUUCUCGGAGCCGGCGCUGACGACGCCGGUGCUGAAGCUGACGGCCGAGCUCGCCCAGAACAGGAACCAGAGGCUGCACUUCGACGUGUCCUCGCCCAACGGCAUACUGCUGUUUCGGGAGCUUUCUAAUAUUAUAUGUGCUUAUGGCAGCAGAAUACUAACGAUAGACGUGAACAAGAAACAAAUGUACGCGAUGAAGCUGAAAGGCAUAUCCUUAUGUUUCUCCAUACUGAAGGCGGCUCUCUGCGGGAACUAUGCUAACUUCGGCGUAUUCAGAUUAUACGGCGACGAGGCGCUAGACAAUGCACUGAAUAUGUUCGUCAAACUACUACUUAGUAUACCGCAGAGCGAUCUACUGGACUAUCCGAAGCUAUCUCAGACGUACUACGUGUUACUGGAGCGACUGGCGCAGGAUCACAUGCCGUUCUUAGCCUCUCUACAACCUGACGCGACGCUCUACAUACUGUGUUCCAUCUCCGAGGGACUUACUGCUCUAGAUACGAGCGUAUGUACGGGGUGCUGCGCCACAUUAGACCAUAUAGUCACCUACCUGUUCAAACAGCUGGUGCAGAAAUCUAGCAACAAGGUACCGAACCCCCGGCAGCCGCCCCCCGAGACGAGCAACAUGUUCAUAGAGGUGCUACAGCGACGUCCCGAGAUCAUGCAACAGUUGCUCGCUACGGUCCUAAACGUGAUAAUGUUCGAAGACUGCUGCAACCAGUGGUCGAUGUCGCGGCCCCUGCUGGGCCUGAUCCUGCUGAACGAGGAGCAGUUCUCCCGCAUCCGCCAGGACAUGAUCGCGCAGCAGCCGCGAGACAAGCAGCAGCAGCUGGCGCACUGGUUCAACGGGCUCAUGGCAGGCAUUGAGCCCAAUCUGUUGACUAAGAAUAGGGAUAGAUUCACCCAAAACCUAUCGAUGUUCCGUCGAGACAUCAACGACUUACUAAAGGGCGCGGCCGGAGUGAGCGGGGGUAACGUCAGCGACAUGAUGACGUCAUAACUCAGUACUAGGCCUCUAGAGGUAGGACAGAGACAGCGAUACACAGUAGAGGGAGAUAGGAGAUACAUACACGCUACUCACAUAGAUAGAUAUCCAUCAUGUAAUAGGAAUGAAUAAAAUUUCUAGUUAUUUUGUUUUAUGAGAUAUGUGUUUUUAAAUGAAAUGUUACGAGUAUGCUCGACUGGUUUCGAGGUAAUACCGGGACUCAUAUACAUAAAAUGUUUCGUUACUGUAAAAUGUUUCUAAAAUUGUAUUUCAUGAAACUGGAUUUCCAUUAGGUGCUUUUCAAACAAG